GUUCAUUCCUAUUAAAACUUAGGUAACAUGUAAGUAUAUAUUCUAAUUAGUCAUAACAACUACCAAGUUUAUUCAUAAUAAACAUACGGAGUAGGUAAUAUUCCGAAAUACAUAUAGGUAAACCUAGUAAAACAGUCAAUUUAUUCGUAAUACAAUGUAGGAAAAUUUAGAUUUUGGAAUGUGCAUGUAUAAACUAUAUACAAUCAAACUUUAUUCAUACUAAAACAUGUCAAUUAACUAUACUACUAAUAAAAUACUGUUUUUGAUCAUAUAAAUGCUGCUAAUUCUACCAAUAAUUUGUUAAUAUGGAUAGAGGUCGGUGGCGAGUGUCGACGUAUCAUUAGGGGUCAAUUAAUGUGCUUGUUCUGAGCUCAGAUGUAAUGAAUGACCUAUAUAACUAUAUUAAUCACAUUAUGGAGAAACUUUAAGUACGGAGUACUAUUUAUGUUCUUAGCUUUUCCUUUAGUGUUAUUUAUAUCAAAGCCUUAAGCCCCACUAUACUUGAUACAUUUAUUUAUAUCAUAGGACUCGUUAAUUGGCCUAUCAAAAGUAUUUAUUUCGUCACAUUUCCCACAUAAUUAUCAUUGUAAUGGUCUUAAGUAGGACCAUAGCUUUAGUUAUAUACCCGUAUAGGACCGCCUACUUUUUUACUCCUAAAUAGGACUAUUAUUUUACUUAAUACCACUUUUGCCCUUGAUUUAAUAGUAGCGGCUACCCGUCGGCCGUCCCCUUCUUUUGCAUCCUCUCGCUGUCUAAUCUCUUCUAAAUAGAAUUGCAACAAGGUACCUUCUCCUCUCCUUUAAUUCGAUCUGGCAUGGACCAGACUAUCAGUGAUGGUGGUCUCGGCUGUUGUAGCUACGAAAGGAAGGACGGUACCCCAUCACACCUUCGGACCUCCUGAUUUCCUCUUCCGACGAGUGAAAUAGAGACGGCGAUGACAAUCUGACACGGCGGCGACGACGACAAUCUGACACGGCGGCGACAACGACAAUCUGACACGGCGGCGGCGACAGCAAGAUGGGGACAAGGCAGCGGCGGCCGGAGUCCUCCUCCUCCUUUCGCUCUCCCUUAUUUUUCUUCGUUGUUGUUGCACCCAGAUCUGCAAUUUGUUUUUUCACCGAGCUUUUUUGGUUCGUUUUAGUGCAUCAAAAUUGCACUUUUCUUCUUCUUUUCUUUGGUUGCUUCUUUUUGGCCGAUCUGGUUAUUCCACGUGAUUCCAUUGGGUUUAGUUUAGUUUAUUCCUUGUUUACUCUUGUUUUGGUUUUUUGUCUAAUUCCUUUUUCGUAUUGUAACUCCACGUUUUUUUCCUUGUUUAUUUUUAGUUAAUUGGGGCUGUCACUGUUAGGUUAUUCAAAUGUACUCCACUGGGAGUAAUUGAAUUGUUAUUGUCACAACGUCAUUGGAUUGUCAUUUGUUAUUACAUGAUAUUGACAUUGUAAUAUUGUUAAAUGAUUUUAAUAGUAUAACAGUACAUUUUUACUAAUAUUGAUAUUAUUUUCAACACCUCAAUACAAGUUGAGAUGUGCAAAGUGGCUGAUUAGAACGGC